GGAGCCGUAUGGGGACUUCUCGGCAUCUCGUUCCUCUCACUCCUCGGCCGCGUCUUCAUCAAAUGGAGGACAUUCGCCAAGCUCUCUUGGGACGACCUUUUCGUCAUCCUAGCCUUCAUCUUCAGCGUAGCCAUGGCAGUCACCAUGCAAGUUACCUCACGCUACAUGUAUCAACUCGAAUACGUGCGCGUCGGGCUCGUCUACCCUCCGCCACCGAGCUUCAUGGAAGACACCGGGAAGUACUUCAAAGGCACCAUCGCCAUGGGCGUCUUCUUUCCCUGCUCGCUCUGGGCCGUCAAGUUCGCUUUUCUCCUCUUCUUCUGGCGCUUGGUCAGCAAAAUCCAGAGCUUGCGUCGGCAUUGGUACACUGCCUUCGUGUUCACUCUUUUGAGCUUCGCCGCGGCUUUUGCGGCGACGGACUGGCGGUGCAUUGCGAGUCCGGUUGAAGUUAUCUUCACAACUUGCGCGUCGAGGGAUUCGGGAGUCCGGAUGAGAUUCUUCAUGUGGUUCAUUUGCUCGAUUGAUGUCUCCAGCGACAUGCUGAUCAUGUCCAUCCCUUUCGUGCUCUUGUGGCAGGUCAACAAGCUCCCCUUGCGCAAGCGAAUCAGCCUGGCGGGCCUCUUCUCUCUUGUAUGCGUCACCAUGGCUAUUGCAUUCGUCCGCGCCUCCCAGAUCACAGCGUACAAAGGGCAGCCAGAUAACUCUAGGACAACACUUUGGAGCUUCGUCGAACAAAGCAUUGCUAUUAUCAUCGUCUGCCUAGGCUCUGUCCGUGUGCUGUUCACGUCAGAGUCGAAC